UUACUCCAGUUGGCAUGACAACAAGUGUGUACAAUAUUGGCAGACCCUCGACUACGAAUGCUGUGCAACAACCCAUUUCCUCAACAAUAAUGGCAGCCAGACCACCGUACCCUCUACAUGCUGGAAUGCAGCAAAGGAUGCAGAACCCACAGUCGCAGCCCCGGGUAGCCAUGUCUUUAGCUGGAAUGACACAGCCAGUAACAAUGGCCCAACAGUCGGCCACAGGUCGAAUGCAGCUACAGCAGUUACAGAGACAUCCAACAGUUACUCAGCAAGGAGGAAUAGUGCAGACUGUUGGAUUACCACAACAAGCAGUUCCAACAAGUAUUCAUCCACGAUUACCACAGCCACAAAUGCAGCAGCAGCAACGCCCACCAGCACAACCAAUGCAAGUUGUUUCUCAAUCAACACUCUCACAAUUACAGGCACAUUCUGGGAUUAAUAAACAUCCUACCGAGACUAUGCGUUUACUUAAGGAACAUCAAUGCAGAUUACUUGCACACAAAGCAAAAUUACUAUCUAAUUUAAAAGAAAAAGAACCUCAUGGAUCUGAUCAUAAUGAGUUACAACACCAGAUCCAAAACAUAACUCAACAAGAAGUACAAGUUCAAGGCCAGAUAAAUGCUGAACGACUUGCUGGACCACCAAGAUAUCAGGAUGCAAUGGCUCAGCAAACUGUUUUGCGACACCCCGCACCUCUUCCAGUCUUACCAACACCACCAAGAACUGUUUUGUUACCCCACCAACUUCAGUUGCCUUUACCUGGUAAACCAAAUCUGAAAAUUUCAAAAGUGAACAACGGAAUUGUAUUAUCCUGGACCAUGACUAUUGACCCGUCUGGGCACCCAUUGAAUACUAUUUUCUGUUUGCCUAUCAAGAAAGUGAAGGAUCUCCCAGUACUAAUCUAUGGAAAAAAAUAGGUGAUGUGCGUGCACUUCCAUUGCCUAUGGCAUGCACAUUGACACAAUUUCAGCCAGGAAGUGUGUAUCACUUUGCUGUUUGUGCUGUGGAUAACUUCAAGAGACCAGGUCCAUUCAGUGACCCUGCCAGUAUAGAUCUAGCAAUUCCAAGAUAGUUGGAAGUUACCCAGCUUUACUCAGGUGUAUAACCAUUAUUUGGUGGCAAAAUCUGCUUUCCUCGCAGUGACUUUUAUCCAUACAUCUAUGGUAAAUGUGUUGUGUAUCCACAAGUCUGUACAAGGUAGUAUGAUGAAUUUUUAUUUUCAGUUACUUCACACUAACUGGUAAAUGAGUGUAACCUGCUUUUGUAACAGAUGAACCUUUCAUAUAAUGUGUGUACAUGAAAUAAACUUUCCAGUAUUUUAGAUUUAGUUCACAUGGCAGAGACUACUUGGAGAUGGAUGACCUGUAGUUAAAACUUGUGUAUAUAGUACCUGUGCAUUGGGGAGGUGAAAGUGCUCCCCAGCUAUCCAAGUGUGUAUGGUGUGAAGAUGCAAGUAAAAUGGUAUUGGUGAAAUCUGUUGGAUUGGGAUUACCAUCCCGAAUUAUAGAUGAAGAACCUGUUUGAGCCUAUGUUACUGCAGUUGGUGUGGAUUUAAACUGCAAACAAGGCAUGCACAGAACAGUCAGUAAAACGUCUUGCCAGUAUUGACAAAGGCCAAGUGCUUUGUGGAAAUACAGUUAUUCCACUUGUCAGUAAGUGUAUUCUCUAGGCCACAGACUUAAAAUAUGGCCUACAAGUUUUUCUGAAUUAUAUGGGCCACCACGGUUACAUUGGUAUCAUGGCUUCCAAGCCACUCAUUGAAUAAAGUAUGAGGCAUAAUUAUUUAAAAGAUUUCAUUUUUAUAAAAGAGUCAUUUCUAUGUACUGUUUAGUGUGACACUGUAAUGAAAAAAGAUUUUUUUCCAAGAAAUUAUAUAUGCGUCACUAUUAAAGAGACGAAGAACCAGUUUUUAAAGUAUUUUUGUACUUUUUGUUUUGUUUUGUUUUGUUUUGUUUCGUUUUUUUUAGUUCUCUAGUUCUCUCAAUAUGAAAACUAUGUCUGUCUGCAAAUGUGUUGUCAUUAGAUUAGCAUUUUGUUCACAUACAAAACAUAUAAUUUGGAACAAAAUCGACUGUGUAUAGCUUUACCUUUCACUCCAACUGUAUCAACUUUAUUUUCAUCACUUGUAUUUGUUUCUAUCUAAUGUCCAUAAAAGUGUUUUCCCUAUAUUUUAAAAAAAAGAAUAUUAUUCUGUAUUUAAAUAUUUCAUCAACAUGAAUAAAAUGCUCAAAUUAAUAAA